AUGGAUCAUGAUAUCAACCCCGACGCGCAUGAACCACCCAAACCAAACCCCACAGAGGUGGAACCGCUACUGGGACGACAACUUUCGUCAGCAUCAGCAUCAACCCAUUCACUAGCCAAGCAGCUUACGACGCGACAUGCAUUUGCUGUGCUGGUCACCUUGCAGAUAGGCUCGGGCAUCUUCGCCUCGCCUGCCCAGGUCGACAGCAAUGUUCCCUCACCCGGUGCCGCUCUUCUUGUAUGGGUUUUGGGGGGACUCCUGUCUUGGGCGGGAGCUGCAUCGUUCGCUGAGCUAGGUGCAGCAUUGCCCCUCAAUGGCGGCAUGCAGGAGUACCUACGCCAUGUGUUUGGAGAUACCGUUGCCUUCCAGAUGGCAUGGGUCUACAUCAUGGCCGUAAAACCCUCAUCAAUGGCUAUUCAGAGUAUCGUGAUAGCAGAGUCCAUUGGAUCCAUUACUUCCAUCAAUGGUCCUGGCGCACUCAAACUCAUCGCCGCGCUAGCUUUGAUCUCCAUGGUCCUUCUCAAUUCUAUAAACACAAAGUUCACCUUGAAACUGAGCGAGUCAUUCACCGUGUUCAAAUUGUCAACCGUUGGACUACUUGUCAUGGGUGGCCUCAUCGCGGUUGUUGCCCAUCUAGUCAAUCCGAGCUCACCACUGUCUGGCUCAAGUGACUGGUACUCCAAGGGAUGGUUUGAGACUCGUCCCACGGUGUCUGAGGGUCACACAAUCGACUGGGCAUCAAUGGGUGCCUGGGAUCGCUAUGGCCAUUAUUGCGCAGCCAUAUAUGGAGGUCUGUGGGCUUAUGACGGUUGGGACAAUGUGAGUGUCCUCCAUUAUCUCGAUAUUUAUCUUGUGUUCCAUCCUUAUAUAUCUUUGCAGGCCAACGUCGUUGCGAGCGAAAUCCGUGAUCCAGGUCGGGCGCUUCCCAAAGCUAUCAAAGCCGCCAUGGUGGUGGUAUUGUCCUCGUUCGAGCUUGUCAAUAUUGCAUAUUACAUUCUAGUUCCUUGGACUAAGAUAAGCAGCAACAACGCAGUAGCGGUAUCUGCAGCGACUUCACUUCUAGGUCGACCCGCUGGUAUCGUCGUCACGAUUCUUGUCGCCAUCUCAUGUGCUGGGUCUAUCACAAGCAACGUCUUCUCAGUAGGCAGACUAACAAUGGCUGCAUCACAACGGCAUUAUCUUCCAGCGUUCUUCAGUAAGCGUGGGCUCCCGACACGGAGACGAACACAAGAUAGUGAUGACCAGUCACUUUCGGGUCUCGAUGCGCCGUUAUAUGCGAAUCUACUCGCUCUGGUCGUAACGCUCAUCUACAUCAUUACUGGUAGUUUUAGAGCAUUACUCACCUUCGUCGGUAUGGCGGAAUGGGUCUUCUAUGUGUCCACAGUCAUCGGUCUUCUGAUCCUUCGUCGACGAGAGCCACAGCUUGAACGGCCAUAUCGGCCUGCUACUGUACUGCCUAUUACAUUCGUAGUAGUUGGGUCUUUGGUUAUCAUUCGCUCCGCCUUGUUUGCACCCGUACAAAGUGGUAUCCUUGCAGCACUAUUGAUAGUCGGCGCUUUGGUCAGCCAGCUACCCACAAGAUGA